AUGGCCAGAUCCAAGGGCAAAGGCAGCAACAUUCUCCCCCUGAUCCUGCUCCUCCUUUUUGUCGCAGUCCUCGCCGUCGUCGGAUUCGUCGUCUACAGGAUCGUCCAGGAUGUCAGCAAGAACACCCGCGAGAAGAUGGAGCGCAAGCACAUGGUCUUUACCAAGGACGGUAUGAAGGUUCAGGUUAAGGAGAUGAAGGAUGAGCAGUACAAAGACCGAACGCAGAGCGUCCUCGUCAAUAUGUGGAACCACACCUCUUUCCCCGCUUACAAGAGUCGUCUGUGGGAUAUGAGCGGCGAGGAACAGCAGGGCGUCGAGAAGCGCAAGCCGUAA